AUGAGCGAGGAAUUAAACCCGGUGAUUGAACAGGGUGGUGAUGAAGAAACGACUGCGGAACCAGCCGCAUCGGUGGUGUCAGUGACGGAGGAGAACACUAAAUCGCUUCGUACAGUGAUUGUACAGAAUUUGAGACACCCGGGAGGAUGGUUAAAGAUGCGACAGUUUCAAAACCUGCUAAACAAGUCGAUUGACUUCGACGCGCAAUUCUCGCGGCCAGAAAAUUCAAAUGAACGGCAAAUCAAAACUGGAAGAAUCGAAAUUUUAUUCUCUUCAAUCGACGCGGCUCGUGAUGCUUAUACUAGUCUUCAGAAGAUGGUUAUUGAUGGAUUUCGACCGGAAGUUCUUGUGGAUCCAAGAUUUUUCUCUGUCGAAACUUCCACUCAAAAACGUCAAUUCUUCGAAAUCGCUGAUGAUUCUCGUCUCGUUUUCCUUCUCGACGCUCCAAGAUCUAUCGAUGAACAUAUGAUUGAACAUUUCUUUAACGGAGAGGCUCCAAUUCAUUUCCAAACUCUUCCGAUGGCUUCUGAAAAUGGAUUAUUCCAAGUUGAAGUACUUCUUUCGAAUGGAGAAGCGGCGGAGAAGGUUCUCGGUGGAGAAUCGAAAUUCAAAAUGCAUGAUGGAGAGAAUGAGUGCAUUGUGACACUUCUUAGUCCUCGUGAAUACGCUCUCUACUCAAAAAUGGAUGACAUUCGUCCGUCGGUGACUUCUCGCAAGGCUCCAGUCCAACACCAAUCAUCCGAAAUCCCAUCGAACACCACUGGUCAAUUGGCUCCAGAAAUCGAUGAAGACGUCAUUCUGAAUCGUCUCCUAGAAAUAAUAGAAGAACGAAAACUCAACUUUGCUGAAAUCAACGAAAAAGACGAACUCUACGAGCUGUGUGACACAGUUUCAGCCGAAUACAAUGGAGUACCCGACUCGAUUCUGAAGCCAGCUAUGGGGACAGUUCUCCAGAGACAUUUGAAUCGUACGGAGAUGCAUUGGAUGCGUGAUCAUAUCGAAGGACUUUUGAGAAUGUGGAAAAUGGAAAUUAUGAAUGAACAAAUUUACGAGAGAUCCACGUUUGUGCCGAUGGAGACUGUGAAUUAUCAACCAGUUAUUCAGGAAGAGCAAAAGGAAACGGCUAGUAAGGGAACUCUCAAACGCCAGAAAGCUGCUCGUGCUCAAAUGGGAGUCGGCGCCUUCCUCACUGCUAAUCGUGAUCGUCUCAUCGUUGAAUCAGGAGACGUCGAAAUCGAAUCUGAUGACGAUGGAAAUAUGGCUGUUGGAGGAGAAGCAUUGAGUUUCGAAGCAUGGGCUCGUCUCACGAAAACGAAAGCGAGCGGAGUGGUUCGAGCGAAUGAUGACGGAUCGAAGAAGAUUGGAAACGGUGGAUUGUCGAAGAAACAGAUGAGACAAGCACGAUUAGUUGAGGGAAUGAGUCAAGAGGAAUGGAAGAAAUGGAGAAAUGAAAAGAGUUCGGCAAGGAAAGCGGAUAUCAAACAGAGAAUAAUGGCGAGAGGAGCAGUGAUAGAAGGAGAAGAUUCGGUUGAUGGAGGAGCGGAGAAGAUGGAUUCAGAAGCCACGUCAUCAGAAUUGCCAACGACGGCGAUGACUACAGCACCACCAGUUCCACCACCAGUCAAGGAAUUAGAUGAAGGAGAAAUAGAUUCGGAUGAGGAGAAGAAAGAUUCAACGAAGAAUAAAAUCAAGCGAAGAGCGUCGUCCGAUUCAUCUGAUUCCUCCUCCACAUCUUCUGAAGAAGAUCCGGACGGUCCGGCUGAUGCAAGAAAACGAAGAAACAAGAAAAGAAAAAUGGACAGAAAGAUGCCACGUCGCAACAACGCAGGGGCUUCGGCUCAAUUGGAUCCGGUUUUCAAACAAAUGUUUGAGAAUCGAAAGGCGAUUAUUGCUCAAAUGUCACCGGCUCAUAAGGCUGCAUUCGCCAGUGCUCUUACUCAAAUAGCCCAAAACAACGCCUCAUCUGCCACCCAAGCGAAAGCAUCUCAAGUGAUCAACUCAAUGAUGUCCGGUUUCAAAUAA